AUGUCGGUCGAGUUUGCUACGAAUCCAUUUGGCCAGACCAAAAACGCAACCGAGUUGCCCAGCUACGGGACACCCGUAACUGCAAUCUCCUCCGUAUUGUUCAAUAACGUGGACUCUAUAUUUGCCUACAAGUCCUUUUCUCAAGCUGACUUGUUGCACCAAGACUUGAAAAAAUGGUCACUGCAGAAUAGUAACGGGUCACGUGGCAAGACAUUCUUCCAAGAGCUAGAUAUUAGAUCUGGCGCUGGGUUAACCCCCUUGGGAUUCUCUCACGGAUUGAACAAUACCACUGCGAUUGUUGCUCCCGGGUUUGCGCUACCAUAUUUCAUUAACUCUUUGCAGACUGUCCCACAUGCUGGUAAGUUUAUUUUAAAUGUUGGUGCCUUGAACUACGACAACACCAGCGGUUCUGUCACCAACGACUACGUCACAGCAUUGGACGCUGCUUCCAAGCUUAACUAUGGUGUUGUGACCCCAAUUUCAACCAACGAGGUGCAAAACGUCGCUCUGCUAGCGUUGGCGGUUGCCACUUUCAGUAACCGUUCGGGUGCCAUCAAUUUAUUUGAUGGGCUGAAUUACUCAAAGACCGUAGUACCAUUGGUUGAAACUGCUGCAGAAUCCUCCAUUUUGGGAAAGUUGUCCAAAGUCAUUGCUCCAAACGCUGCGUUUGAUGAUGUCUUGGACAAGUUUAAUGAAUUAACAGGGUUGAGACUACAUAAUUUUCAAUAUUUCGGCGCCCAAGAUGCUGAGACUGUCUUUGUCACCUAUGGGUCUUUGGAAUCUGAAUUAUUCAACUCCAUAAUUAGUGGUAACAAUGCUAAAAUAGGGUUAAUCAACGUUAGAGUGCCAUUACCCUUCAACGUGGCUAAAUUUGUGACCCAUGUCCCAUCCACAACCAAACAGAUCGUUACCAUUGGUCAAACUUUAGAUGGCUCUUCACCUUCUUUUUUAAGAUCUCAAGUCUCUGCCGCUUUGUUCUAUCACGGCCGCAAAAGUAUCUGUGUAUCUGAAUACAUUUACCAACCAAAUUUCAUCUGGUCUCCAAGUGCUGUCAAGUCAAUUGUUUCUUCAUUCAUCCCCAACCUAACUUUCGACACCGAUUCGUCAUCUAGUGAAGGGUUCAUUUAUUGGGCUUCUGAUAAAAGUGCCAAUAUUGAUGUUGCUUCAAAAUUGGUAAAAGCUUUAUCUUUGGAGGAUGGAAAAUAUGUAUCUCUUAGAACCAAAUUCGACAAUCUGGCCAACGCCGGUACUUUCCAAGCUCAAUUCGUUACCUCUGGCGAACAGGUUACCACUUCAAACAUCGAUAUUACAAAGUUGGCCAUUGUGGAAAAUAUUAGUUUACUGAAACAUUUGGAUGUGGUUGCUACCGUCGAAGAACAAGGUUCCAUUGCCUUAAUUUCUCAAACAACAACCAAAGAUUUGGAUUUGGACUCAGUAGAAUCUUAUGUUAAGAAACUGGGAAUUCCAGAAUCAUUUUUGAUUUCUGUUGCAAAGAAAAACAUCAAGCUGUUUAUCAUCGAUGCUGAAGCUAUUAACGAUGAAUCCAAAUUAUCUUUGUUGAUUCAAGCCGUUUUCUGGAAGCUAGCUUUCGAUCUUGAUGUGGCAGAAUCUACGAACCGUAUCUGGAAAAGCAUUGAUGCAGAUGCCGACAUUUCUGCUGCUUCUAUCUCUGAAUUCAUCACUGCUGCGUUGAAAGACUCCAUUAAGGAAGUUCCAUCAACUGCCUACAUUGGAUUUUCUGAAAUCACCAUUGAAAAGAAAGAUGAAGACGAAGAACCCGUUGCUUUGCCAAUCUUUGUCAAUGAAACAUCUUUUGUUCCAAACAAAAGUAGUAUUGAAGAGAUCCCACUAGCCCAAACAUCUGAAGUAUCUGAUAUUGCUAAGAAAUUGUCGUUCAAAGAAGCCUACGGAGUGGAAAACAAACUGAGACCUGACUUACCAGUUAAGAACUUCGUUGUCAAGGUUAAAGAAAACAGACGUGUCACACCGGCUGAUUAUGAUAGAUAUAUCUUCCACAUUGAAUUUGACAUUUCUGGUACUGGUAUGACUUACGACAUUGGUGAAGCCCUUGGUAUUCACGCAAGAAACAACGAAGCUUUGGUAAAAGAAUUUUUAAAAUCUUAUGGCUUAAAUGAAACCGAAAUUGUUUCGGUUCCUAACAAGGACAACCAUCAUUUCUUGGAAACAAGAACAGUUUUGCAAGCCUUCGUCGAGAACUUGGAUAUUUUCGGGAAACCACCAAAGAGAUUUUACGAAUCAUUGAUCCCAUACGCCACUAAUGAAGAUGACAAGAAAAAAUUACAAGACUUGGUCACUCCAGCGGGUGCGGUUGAUCUGAAAAGAUUUCAAGAUGUGGAAUACUUUACAUAUGCUGAUAUCUUCGAAUUAUUCCCAUCUGUUCGCCCAUCUCUUGAAGAGCUUGUUACCAUUAUCGAACCAUUGAAAAGAAGAGAGUAUUCUAUUGCCUCUUCUCAAAAGGUGCAUCCAAAUGAAGUUCACCUGUUGAUUGUUGUCGUCGAUUGGCUGGAUAACAAGGGUAGAAAGAGAUACGGUCAGGCUUCUAAGUAUAUCUCAGACUUGGCUAUCGGAUCAGAAUUGGUGGUUAGUGUCAAACCAUCUGUUAUGAAACUACCUCCAUCUCCAAAACAACCAGUUAUUAUGAGUGGUUUGGGUACUGGUUUGGCCCCAUUUAAAGCAAUCGUUGAAGAGAAAUUAUGGCAAAAGCAACAAGGUCAUGAAAUUGGUGAAGUCUUCUUAUACUUGGGUUCAAGACAUAAAAGAGAAGAAUAUUUAUAUGGUGAAAUAUGGGAAGCUUACAAAGACGCCGGUAUCAUCACCCAUAUCGGUGCUGCAUUCUCAAGAGAUCAACCUCAAAAGAUUUAUAUCCAAGAUCGUAUCAAAGAAAACUUGGAUCAACUAAAGACUGCAAUGAUCGAUAACGAAGGUUCCUUUUACUUAUGUGGUCCUACUUGGCCAGUUCCAGACAUUACUCAAGCUUUGCAAGACAUUUUAUCUAAAGAUGCUAAAGAAAGGGGUGUCAAGAUUGAUUUGGAUGCCGCAAUUGAAGACUUAAAGGAAGCUUCGAGGUACAUUUUGGAAGUCUACUAA